CGGCAGUUUUCUCAAUCACCCCAGCUUCGCGGUUGUCUAAUUUCUCCAGACCCGUAACGAAAGAGCUAGUAAGCUCCCAGCUACACGUCCUAUCCCGCUUUCUGUGGAGAAAAAGAGUCCUCGGACACCAUCUUCAAAAUGUCCGAUUUGACUACCCGCAAAUACUUUGACAACAUCUACAUUCCCGCUGGUCUGAUCGUCUUCGGAUGCUUCAUCACCAAGCGCGAAUGGACGCCGUACGCCGUUGCCCUGGCGCUCGCGCUGGCAGCCUACAAGUUCAACGCCAUGCAGAUCAAGAAGGUCCUGAAGCCUGAUACCUUCCAGGACUUUGAACUCAAGGAGAAGACCAUCAUCUCGCACAAUGUCGCCAUCUACCGCUUCAACCUCCCCAGCGAGAAGGCCAUCCUCGGCCUCCCCAUCGGCCAGCACAUCUCUAUUGGUGCCAACUGCCCCCAGCCUGAUGGCACUACCAAGGAGAUUGUGCGCUCCUACACUCCCAUUUCUGGCGACCACCAGCCUGGCUACUUCGACCUCCUGAUCAAGUCCUACCCCACCGGUAACAUCUCGAAGUACAUGGCGUCGAUGAAGGUCGGACAGACGCUUAAGGUCAGGGGCCCCAAGGGCGCCUUCGUCUACACCCCGAACAUGGUCCGUCACUUUGGUAUGAUUGCUGGCGGCACUGGUAUCACUCCCAUGCUCCAAAUCGUCCGCGCUGUCAUUCGUGGCCGCCCCACCGGUGACAAGACCGAGAUUGACCUCAUCUUCGCCAACGUUACCCCUCAGGAUAUCCUGUUGAAGGAGGACCUGGACGCCCUUGCCAAGGAAGACUCUGGCUUCCGUGUGCACUAUGUUCUUGACAAGCCUCCUGCGGACUGGACCGGCGGUGUCGGUUACGUCACGGGCGACAUGAUUACCAAGCUUCUCCCCAAGGCCGCCGACGACGUCAAGCUUCUGCUUUGCGGUCCCCCACCCAUGGUCAGCGGACUGAAGAAGACGGCCGAGACCCUUGGCUUCAAGAAGGCCCGCCCCGUGAGCAAGCUCGAGGACCAAAUCUUCGCUUUCUAAGCUUGCCAAAGCUUGAGAGAACUCGGCCUAAACGAAUGAAAAAAUAACAUUGUGUGGGAGGAAACGGCGUUUUGCAUGCUGACGGGCACCAGAGGAAGUCGAUAUAGGUGCAUUUCUAGAUUUCAGGGUGCUAUUGGGUUCCGUACAUAAGAGCUUCUACAUUGGGAUAGCUAUGUUGCGACUCAGCUGCCGUGUAGACAGUGUGCCCCACCUUACAUAAUGCCACUACAUCCAAUCCCUGCCAGUUGACGUCGCA